AGGGUUACAAUCGUCAUCUUUGUUAACCAAAGAAAGCAACGCUGCUAUAUAUUGACACAGACAAUCGAGAUCGCUAGGGUUUUUUUCCGUCAACCGUUGCCGCCGCCGCCGCUACCGUCGCCGCCACCGUCAUGGUUCUGAAGACCGAGCUUUGCCGUUUCAGUGGCCAGAAGAUAUAUCCUGGAAGGGGUAUUAGGUUCAUUAGAUCAGAUUCUCAGGUUUUCUUGUUUGCUAAUUCGAAAUGCAAAAGGUACUUCCAUAAUAAAUUGAAGCCUUCAAAGCUCACAUGGACUGCCAUGUACCGGAAGCAGCACAAGAAGGACGCAGCUCAGGAAGCUGUGAAGAAGAGACGUCGUGCAACCAAAAAGCCAUAUUCUCGGGCUAUUGUGGGGGCCACUUUGGAAGUUAUUCAGAAGAAACGAAGUGAGAAGCCUGAAGUUCGUGAUGCUGCUAGGGAGGCUGCUCUGCGUGAAAUUAAAGAAAGGAUCAAGAAAACCAAGGAUGAGAAGAAGGCAAAGAAAGCCGAGGUGGCAUCAAAACAAAAGACUCAAACUAAGGGUGGCAAUGUUCCUAAAGGUAAGGGCCCUAAGCUCGGUGGUGGUGGCGGAAAGCGUUGAAGUUUCGUCAUUGGUUUCUUUUUAAUUUUUGUUUCGUAUUAUUUAUGUUGAGUCCUUUGAAGGAAACCUAUCUUUUUUGUGUUUGUUACUGUUUACAAAUUCUAAAUUUUGAAAGCAUUUUGAAGUUAGUGAUA